AUGAACUGCAGUACUGCACGAGAAAGUUUGUAUAGAUUGGCGAGAGGUGUUAUCGAAACCUUCGGUGACAAAUACUUGCACACACCUUCAUUGAAUGACAUGAAACAACUAUAUACGUCGCAUGAAGAACGACAUCGUUUUCCUGGAAUGUUUGGAAGCAGUGAUUGCACAAAGUGGAUAUGGGGAAAUUGUCAUGUGGCGUGGAAAUGUCAAUACACAAGUGGUCAUCUUGUAUCACCUUCGUUAGUAUUAGAGGCUAUUGCGUCACAAGACGUAUGGAUGUGGCAUGCUUUUUUUGGAGUUGCGUGUUCUAACAACGACGUAAAAGUUCUUGAUCAGUCACCAAUAUUUCAGGACCUUUUGAUAGGAAACGCAACAGAUGCUCCUGUCAUAGUAAAUGACCAUGAGUAUAAGUUCGAGUAUUACAUCACAGAUGGAAUAUACCCACCAUAUUAUACGUUUGUGAAGGCGUUUUGA